AUGGCAGCAUAUGAUAAUUCAUUCGGUUAUAUUCCAGAGGGAUGGUUGGCAAUUAUCGCUGUCGUUUUGUUCGGUAUAUCCCUUGUCCUUUUAGUGUCUUCGUUGGUAGUAUAUAGGCACCUGCUAAUUCUUGUUCCAAUUGUUGGAACAAUUGGUGAGGUUGCUGGAUGGGCUUGUCGACUUCAUGCUCAUUACAAUCCUAAUAACUAUUCAGACUUUUUAGGUCAAAUUAUUUCUUUGGUUAUUUCACCGGUCUUUUAUUCUGCCCAAGUGUAUGUUUUGCUUUAUCACUGGGUUAUGCUUUACGGACCUCGUUUUUCCCUUCUCAGUCCCAGAUUGUAUGCCAUUAUUUUCAUCUCUUUCGAUGUUAUUGCUCUUAUUCUGCAAGCCGCCGGUGGUGGUAUUGCCGGUGGUGCGAAGGAAGGUUCUUCUGAACAGGACACUGGUGCAAACAUUAUGCUCGGUGGAAUUUGCUUUCAGCUCUUCAGCACUGUUGUGUUUUCCAUCUUGGGGUUACUGUUUGCCGCGGCUGUGUGCAUGGGUAAACCCGUGCGAGCUGGUCCCAACAUUCCAGACACUCCUCGUUCACGAUACAGAGAUUUCUGCUUUUUAUGUCUAUGCUUUGCAACCCUUGCUAUUCUCGUGCGUGCCGUCUACCGCGUUAUUGAGCUUUCUGGAGGUUGGAGCGGUAGUGUCAUUACCCAUGAAGUAUGGUUUGGUGUUUUCGACUUUAUUCCCAUGAUUAUAGCAUCCUUCUUUUUGCUUCCAUCGAUUUAUCCUGCAACUCAAAAAAGGUUUGCUGGUUCGAACGAAAGCACCUCAAAUCCGACCUACCAAGCUGAUCGUUCCGACCGGGACGAAAAAAGUUUAUCUUCUUCCGAUUUAAAUAUUUAG